UUCCCCCCACUUCCUUGCUUGGUCUUUCGGCAGCUUCCUUCUUCUUCAAGCCGGCAUUUGCUACCUGAUGUCUUCUUUCCUUCAAGAAGGUUCCACCCAAGAUGCCACCUCACCAGACAAGCCCCAUUUUUAGAUUUCUCUCUCACCAAUGCUUCAAGUACCACCGGAGUUGCCUCCGUCCAUCCCUUGCUAAAAAAAUCCCUCUUUGGACGGAGCUGGAAACCCUUCCGCACAGCUGUAAGUGCAGGACCGUCACAUCUGCGAGGACCUUCCAUACCAGCUCCAGGGCGUUGGGAACGCUUUGGGACAGCGGGCCCCUAGAGGCCUACUUACAGACGUUGAAGGAAGAAUACGAAAGGAUCGACGCGUUGCUCAGCACCUGCUCAGUGAACGAAUUUAAGGAAAAGGACCUCAGCUUACGACGGGCUGAAUUAUCACCCUUUGUGGAGACGUUUCAACAAAUACAAGAAGCUGAAAAGCAAAUCCGGGAACUGGAGAAGAUGUGUACAGAGCUAACUCAGUCAGAAGAGAAACCUCUGCUAGAACUUGCUACAGAGGAGAAGGAAGGCAUGAGGCAGAAGAUGAGAGCUCUCUACCUGGAGCUGUGUGAGAAGAUAAUGCCGAGGGACAAAUACGACGAAAACAGUGUCCUUUUAGAAGUCACAUCCGGCAGGACGACAGGCGGCGACAUUUGCCAGCAGUUCACGAGAGAAAUCUUCGACAUGUACCAGAAUUACGCAGAAUACAAAGGCUGGACGUUUGAAGUCACCAAGUACUGCCGAGCUGAGAUAGGGGGGCUCCACCACGCAGCGGCCCGAGUCUUGGGAAGCCACGCCUACCAACGCUUGAAGUUUGAAGGAGGGACACACCGGGUGCAACGGAUCCCCCAGAGCGGCUUGUCUUCCAGAAUGCAGAGAAUGCACACCGGGACCAUGACGGUCAUCGUCCUCCCUCUGUCCGAGAAGGUAGAGAUAAAAAUCAACCCCAGCGAUUUACGGAUUGACACAUUUCGAGCCAAGGGCGCCGGGGGACAGCACGUCAACAAAACAGACAGCGCUGUUCGAGUUGUACACCUCCCUACAGGGAUCAUCGUUGAAUGCCAGCAGGACCGAUCUCAGCUCGCGAAUAAGGAAACGGCAUUGCAGACACUGAAAGAGAAACUCUACCUCCAGACUGUCGUGAAGGACAUAAACGAACAGCAGAGUACGAGGAAGCUGCAGUUAGGGUCAAGAUCCCAAUCGGAGAGGAUACGCACGUACAACUUCAACCAAGAUCGGGUGACUGACCAUAGGAUUUCCUAUGAGGUCCGCGAUAUCAAGGGAUUUUUAAACGGCAAGGAACAUCUGGAUGAUUUAAUCAGCAGCCUGUUGGAGGCUUCACAGAUGAAACUUCUGGCUGAACAGUUGGAAAAUAAUUUGAAAUCUCUGUCGGCAGGCUCCUGAACUGAUGGAGCGAACUUUUUUUUUUUAAAAAAAAAAGGUUUCUUGUGUUGGUAAAAAAAUUAAAGAGAACUAUCUAAGAAA